GCCUCAUUCACUCGCUCAGCUCUCAACAUGGGCAAGGACAAAAGCAGCCCACGACACGUGGCCGUGGCGAUUGCGUACGACGUCGAGCAGGGUGCUGGAUCCGACGGCGUCAUCAUCUGUCUCGUCUCGUCGCGCAAGCACGACGGCAAGCUGGUGCUGCCCAAGGGCGGCGUCGAGCACGGCGAGAGCUCGUGGCAGGCUGCCGUGCGCGAGAUGUGGGAGGAAGCGGGUCUGCGGCUGGCCAAGGAUGUCGAGCAGCACACGCAGCCGCAGGAGCCGCUGCCAGACCACAAGCCGCACAAGAGCUCGCCCGAGACUGAUUCAGCAUCGCCGGACUUUGUGCCGCGUGCCAUCUACCAUGCGCACCAGGUGCGCGUGCGCCGAGCCGAGCAGCUCGCCGACUGGCCGGAGCGCGAGGAGCGCGGCGAGCGCGUCUGGCUGCCGCUGGCAGAGGCCCGCGAGCGCAUCGCCUGGCGCAAGGACAUUGCCGCCUGCCUGGCUCGUGCGAGCUUCCCGUAGCAGCAGCAGGCGAGGCUGCUGCGAUCGCACCCGAAGGAACCCAAUGCAGCGCUUGCCUCAGUCCCGUGUCCUGCUCCCAGCCGUGCGGUCUUGACCGACGCUGGACCAACGCACAGCCCUCCCUCCGUUCUCAGAGACGCGCUCGCAGCAGCCGAGUGACUGCCGGCGUUGCUGCACAUCCACUUUAUCCAGCCUUGCCC